AUGGUGAUGUGGAUGAAGCCCCUCAGCGUCAAGGGUCGACAACAUCUACACGUAGACAACGGGCAGCUACACCUGUUGCUUAGGAUGUUGAGGUUUCCCAUGCAGACCCCACAAUACAUCAUUUUGACAGAAUACAUUCAUCAUGUGACAACCACAGUUUGGGCAGGAGAGGAACGUCCUGAGUUGAAGUUGUCCUCUCAUGGAAGGAAUGUACAAAAAUUUGGAAGGCCUGCUCCAAAGAUUGAAGACAUAGUGGCUGCCACAGGAUUAAGUCCUCUAACUGCAUGUUCCUUGAACACUAGUGACAGGGGACUUAUAUAUGCUUUUGCGGAGAGGUGGCACAAAGAAACUAGUAGUUUCCAUCUUCCGAUAGGAGAGGUCACUAUCACCCUCGAUGAUGUGGCAUCGUUGCUACAUCUGCCCAUUACAAGUGUGUUUCAUACCUUUGAUGCUCUUCAUGUAGACCAAGCCGUGGACUUGUUAGUUGAGUUGCUUGAAGCCAGCACACAAGAAACAAAAGAUGAGACAUUUCAAUUUCAUGGGGCAUAUGUUCACCUAGCCUGA